AUGCCUCAGUUCAAGCAUUGGCUUCAGCGGCCCAACCUGGUUCACCUGGCGUGUGCCGCCACGGCGGAGCUGGUCGGAACCAUGUUCUUCGUCUUCGUUGGCGUGGGGUCAGUGGCUGUCUCAAGUGAAUUUGUUCAGGGGCUGGAUGUAACCCGCAUACUCUCCAUAGGCAUAGCACACGGUCUCGCUCUAGUGAUUGCUGUGGGAGCUGCAUCCGGGAUUUCAGGAGCACACAUGACGCUCUUGGUGCACAUGUGCUCGGUGCCGGGGUCUCCAUAG